CACAAACAGUAGCCAGAUAUGACUGCCUCCAACAACCACAACAAACAGCACCACCAGCAGCUGAUGCACGAACAGCAGCAGCGUCGCGGUGGUAGUGAGCCACCGGCACGGCCACCGGCGCCUGCGGUGGAGGCGGUGCUUGCUGCCGCGCACAACGCAAGUGCACGCACGUCUCGCGUUGGUGGUGGUGGCACGCUGCCGGGCCUGAAAGGAGUGCCAUUGGCGCACGGAGGGGCGCAGCGGCUGGACGUGUACCUCAACGGGGAGCAUCUCAUCUUUGCCAGUGCAAACCUCGAGCACUGCCUGCGCAUCUCCCGCAUCACCCGGCAAUGGGACCUCAUCGACCGUGCAGCCUUUGACGGUGUGUAUGUGUUUGGCAUUGAAGAUGUGGAGCUCAUCCCCCUCCACCCAUCAACACUUCCAAAGAAACUCAAUGCGCAGUCUGCGGUGCCGCGAACGGCUGUGCCGGCGUCCGUGUGCUGCAGCGACCGGAGCGUCGUGGUGAAGGAGCAGCCGCGGCGGUCGGCGCACGUGGCCGCGGACACAUUGGCCAAACUGCAGCGCCGCAGCCUUCCAAAUGGGGAAACCCGCAGCACCAAUGGCCGUGGUGGUGGUAAUGGUGGUGGUGACGGUGAGAAGGGAGAGGCGCAUGCUGGGACAGAGGCAGGUGCCAUAAACGGUGGCAGCCGUGGGACAAGCACUGCGACAGAGCAGAAAGAUGGUAACAAAGGUGGUGGUGGUGUGGCUGAUGGCUGUGCUGGUGUUGAUGAAGAGGACGAUGUGACGCCUCCGCUUGAUCCGGCCACACGCCGCAUAUGGGAUCGAUUGCACAGGAGACACGUCAAGGAGAUCAAGAAAAUGUUUUCGCUGCAGCAGGGCGGCGGGUUCCUCUUCUCCCUCUCAGGACACAUCCUCAUGAGGCUCACCGAUAUCAGACACCAACUGCCCAUUGAAUGGUCGUGAAGCGCAGCACACCGCCUGCUUCAUCUGUUGCUCGGCACAUACAUACGCACACACGCAUACACACACGGCACCUUCUAUCCUCCCGUCUGCAAUGACACACAAGUCACUGCGUACCCCCCCCCCCCCUCAUUUCACAGUUUGUACGAACUUGCAACGUGUUUAUUUCUCUGCUCAGAGAGGCCGACAGCUUAAGGGGGGGGGGGUGCCGCCCAAACAGAAUCGAACACCCCGAAAACACUCAAGGUUCCAAAACAAAAACAAAAAAAAAAAAUGAAAGGUGG